AUGCACCCUCAUUCCAAACGACGCCGCCUUGCCAACGACGAUCAAUUCUUAACUACGCUGCAUGGAGGCCCUUCCGGCCUGAUGUCUCCACAGUAUGCACAUACUAUGAAUGCUGACUGGCCAUCCAAACCACAGCAGGGCCAUGCUCCUGCACAUACACCCUCCGAUUCCACCGACGGCCCUACCUUUGCCUCCCCACUUGGCACCACCAAUUGGGGCCAUGACGGGUUUUCGCAUGAUCCGGGAUUCCUUGCAUCGCAGGAGGAACUGCGAUGUAUGCUUUUCACGAUCGCCCAGUCCGCCGCACCAACACGGGCACCGAGUCCAGAUGAACACGAGCAGGGCACCGAGGCGCCGCAGGGCGGGGAACAAUCACAUUCACGACCGGCACUUUCGAAUGCCCGUCGAGUCCAAUACCUGAAGAACUACGUGGGGCAAGUUGCGCCAUGGUCGGCUGAUGGGUUUACAAUGCAGCUCGACAUGUUUGAUUCCCAGUGCACAUUUCGAGUACAGAUUCCUGCCCUCGCUCGGACAUUUCCUGCGCUUCUCAAUGCUAUUCUAGCCAUAUCCGCCCGACAAAUGGAAAGGAAGGAAGGGACCCAGGACUCAUUCGAUAGCCUCGAGCUGUACCAGGAAGCGAUACGCUUACUCAGUCCCUUGCUGCAGAUGCGGGAUCCCAAGGUCGUGGCAGCCUGUGUGCUACUAUGCUGUCUCGAGAUGAUGUCUGCUCGUGCGCAGGAUUGGCGUAAACACCUGGAAGGCUGCACUGCACUAUUCGAGGCCUUUGAAAUACACGGCUUCAGCAGUGGAAUAUUGCAGGCAGUAUUUUGGUGCUAUGUUCGAAUGGAUGUAUGCGGCGCGCUGAUCUCUGAUGGCACGGAAAGCACGCUCCUUCGCCCUAGCAAGUGGCUUACGCCGGAUUGUAACGAGGAUGAUGCUGCUCGUUUGUUCCAAGCCGCUCAUUCUCCGGAUAUGCACGCCAACUAUGCCGUUUACCUGUGUGCGAAAACGUGCGAGCUAGUCUCUGACCGUACCCAAUUUGUAGAAUUGGGUGCCCAGAAUGGCUGUACUGGUGAAAACUUUCAUCGCCGCUGGCUAAACAUCUGGGAGGACCUGCAGCAAUGGAUUGAGGAUCGCCCUCCAGAGCUGCUACCAGUACACACUACCUCCACUAAGCCAUUUCCGCAUAUCCUCUUCCUGCACUGGGCGGCCAUUUCGUCCAAUCAGCUUUAUCAUACUGCAUGUAUUCUCCUCCUGAACACGAUGGUCAAGAGCAUAAAGUUGAGACCAGCACCAGCUGUCUCUGCGCUAUGGCAUGCCCGUCGCAUCUGCGGGAUUUCCCUUGCAAACCCUCACCAGGGAUGUUUGAACAACGCCAUUCAGCCCCUAUGGAUUGCUGGUCGUCUUUUCAGUCACGUCUCAGAGCAUACGAUAAUUAUUGAUAUCAUUCGCAGGAUAGAGGCGGAGACUGGCUGGGGUGCUUGUUGGCGCAUUCAUGAUCUCGAGUUAGCUUGGGGAUAUCAAAUUCCGCGUCGCCGUCGGAUAUCUACCCGACGAGAGGGAUGA